AUGGACACACGUGGGUCAACCCUAUCCAUUAGAACGGCGGGGGCGCGCGGCUCCUCCCCGCCUCUCGGCUCCGCCACUCUCGACAGCCCGUCGGCGUCGGCGCGCUUCCUAGUCACAAGCGUCGCCGCCACUUGCCGAGCGCUCCCCUCAGCGGAUAAGAAUGGCCCGCCGCAAUGGUCCCGCGCCCCUCAUGAUGAUGACCCUUCGCUGCCGCCAUGCCUGUCAGGUGCGGCGUUUCUCACUGCCGCCGCGUCUGCAUCAAUCUUCCCGCUCGCCUGCAGCGGUGGCGGCGGUGGCGGUGGCUCUGUAGAUCCUUUUGCCGCGCAGGCCAAACCCUUGUUGUGGAAAGGGAAAGCACUGAGUAAGGCUUUGCCGCUCUAUUUCCUGCCCUCGCUGCGCCGCGGUGUUGCCAGUCGCAAGGUAGAAGCAGCAGGUGCACUGCAAUUGAAGUACGUGGUCAAGUUUCGUCCCACUAAGGUCAAGGGCAAAGUGGUCGGCGACAAAGGGGCAUCUGCGAAACUUGUGAUCACGGGGGUGAUGUACUCAUCAACUUUGUACUAUCUCAGAAUUCGUUUCCGCACGUUGAACGUAAAUUCUGGUGGGUCCAUCCCUACUAUUGGCAGUGGCCCUUCCUGCACUUCUCCCACAACAGUUUCCUUCGCCUAUCCUAUGAUUAACAUCACGAGUAACAAGGUCGGACGCCGCAAGCACUACAGCUUCAAGUACUUAGAUGAAUUAGAUCACUCGUGUACGGUUGCUGAUCUUCGUACUGCGGUCGCCCUUCUGGUGUCUCGACUAGGCAAAUAUCCGAAGGUGUAUCAUUCCAAAAACCUUAACGCACUCUGUGGGAAGGUGCAGAAGGUGGUUUAA